GACGAGGAGGAUAGAUCGAAUUUUAAAGUUAGGUGCAAAGCGUCACGUUCGUGAUGCUUUUAUCGCUUCGAUUUGGCUCGUACUUGACUCGAGCAGUAAGUGGGAAGCAUGGGUUGGACAGUGAGCGCGAACGAGUACGGCGUCAGUUUGCGCCGAGUCCUCAACGUGGGAGCUGCGCUCUCUUGAUGCGUUCUUGCAAUAGAAAGGAGCCUUUUCCUUUUUAUUACUUACUGAGCGAGUCUUUACUCCGCGUUUUCAUGUUUUCGGAUUUCCCUUUAUUAUCGAUGUACAGAAGAGGAACGAGAACACAUUGAGAUAAUAAAGUAGCGGAUUCAGUGAUUUAUCAAGAAAUAAUUCAAAAGUGUGUACAGUGUACAAAGUUAUUUUUACAAUUUCUUCUUUCAUCGUCACACUGCCACGACCGAACGUUAUUUUCAGUCCAGUUUCUAAGGUUCCUUGCUUUUCUUACAACGCCAGCAGCUGCUCUUUGACGUUAAGGUGCGAAAGGAGGUGAAGGUUGAUCGUGUGUCACGCGUACGGUAACCGUGUAACACUUGCACCGUUGUCGUUCAUGCAAUGAGUAUGAGAGUUCUCGUUUGAAAGGUACUACCAGGGAAAUCGACGAACGAUAUGCUGUAUAAAAGACACGCAUGUCUAUAUUAUAAAUAUAGUGAGAAUACUUCGCAUAGAGUCAUAUGACCGUCGUUGGCCGCUCGAUAAAAUAUAAAACGAAGAACGAAAAGGAGAAGGAAGAAAAAAAGAAAAAGAAAUAACAAAAGUACGACGCGAUCGAAUCUUUAUACGUAUUACCGUGAUCGAAUAUCAACUAUAACUUCACUGCUUGAUGUCUCUGGAGGAUUCACGACGUUCUCAACGACCGUACAGGUAUGGUAUGGUCUUGUUAUGUGUCGGAGCUCUGAUAAAUUGGCUAGGACUCGCGGAAAAUUACGUCGAACCAGUUCGAUAUGUUGGAGUCGCUUGCAUAGUCGCAGGGGCACUUUUGAUUUGUGCAGCGAUGUGUUGCUGGUUACAUGCGCCGCCAACUCGGACCAGUACGCACGCGCAACACGCGAAUCAUCCGAUUACAGCCCAGUUUGAAGAGUCUUUAGAUCAAUCCAGGUCAGUCCUUUAUUAUCAAGACGCAAGGAGCAACGUACGUUAUCGCAAGAAGAUUGACGAUCCGAUCCACGUGAUCUCGAUCGACGAACCACCGAGUGGUGCGAGACAAAAGCCACCGGACUAUGAGGCUGUAACCGAUGCACCACCUAGUUACGAUGAUGCAAUCAAAUUGAAUCCUGGUCAUUUGAUUAGGCUAAGCACGAGCAGUACGACAUCCUUAUCAACGGAACAUACGAUACCGGGAACCGUUGAACUGGUUCCCGGUGAAACAGCGCGAACACCGCCACCACCAUACGCGAGGUGAAAGGUUUGGGGCAAUCUAUGGUGAUUAUAAACAACAAGGACUGCGGCGCGUCUGCAGACUAGAAAAAGAAACUACCGAGAAGAAGUACAACGAAAGUCUUUUAAAAUUCUUCAUUAUACGAACGAAGAAGACUCGUUGUACGUGCAUAAUUGUCAAUUUAAAAAACGAAAACUAUCACGAAGGUGAUCUCUUGAAGGAGAUCAAUGAUUCGUGUGAAAAUAGACUAAAAUUGUGAUCCUCUCUGAGAAGAAACAAAGUGAGACAUACGAGACAAGACGCACGUUCCUUUCUUCGAAGAGAGGACGUAGUUCAUACUGCAGAGUUCGAUCUUUGCGGCCUGAUGUACCUACAAAUGUACGACUUACUCUAGAUGCGUCGCCGGCCACGCAAGCUGUCACUGUGAAUGUGACAGAAGACAAAUUCAAAUUUUUUUCAUUUUCUUUCAAAGAACGAUUUAAAUAAAGAAUGGAGAUUAUACGUCUGGAGAAGUUCUAACUAUUUGCUCACAAUACAACUGCCAAUUUGUGAUAAUUAUGAAUUUUGCCUGAAUACCUACGAACGAUUCUAUGAAACUAAUAUGUCGUAUUUUGUAUCUAAUUACGUCGUUGUAUAUCGUUAAGUAUUAAUGUAUAUAUUAUUAUUAUAAAUGUGCAAUGUAUACAUACAUCGCAGGAAAUGAAACGUCAUGGUCGUCUCUCUUAACUCGAAAGUUACGCAUGUGUGUGUGAGAUCAGUAAUUAUAGAUUAUUUAAUUUUGUUCGAAGAUCCAUGUUGCUUUGUUCCUAUGAAUGAAGAACGUUGAUUAACGAUGCUGCUUAUGUUAUUUUGAUUGAAAAGAAAUAAUAGACUGCAGUGCGAAUAAUUUUAUAAACUCUUUGAUACUGAUCACGUUCAUAACACGCUCGGUUUUAUGUACCUUCAAAUAUUGUAUAUUUGUCUAUGGUAGCGAAUCUUAAAUUUGUAUUUUUCAAUUUUGCGUUAAGAAGACGAUUCAUAAAUCUAGUAAUAAUGUUCCUAUUUAUUUGAAUGAUGAAACGUCUUUUAAGAUCUUUUUUAUGCGAUUUUGAUUAUUGGAAGUUGAUAAGCAAAAAUUAUUCGCACGCUUAUUAUUUGUGACAGUUUUGAGAACAUCACGCGUGUUGAAUAUCACUUCAUCGUUUCUGUAAGAUAAAGUCUUUUUUUAUAACGGAAAUAUAAAUAAAAAGAGUAAACUUUUAUAUA